CAAACACGACAGAAGCCGCCGGCGCCACUGCUAACUGAUUUCUCUCAAACCCCGCCCGCCAUGGGAAGCAAGAAGAGGGCGAAGCCGAGCAGGGGCAAGAAGAAGGCAAGGACCUGCACCGACCAGGCCCUGGCCCUCGAUUACGUCCGCGCCUGGGCGCACCCUGCGCCGCCACCUCCGGAGCCCUCGACGGCCGAUGCCGGGGACGGCUUCCUGCCGCCCCAGGCCGCGCGCAUGGCCUGUGGCAGCGGGGGCAACGUGCUGUUCGAGCUUCACUGCCACUCCAACCAUAGCGACGGGUUCAUGUCCCCCUCGGCGCUCGUCGAGCGCGCCCAUCGCAACGGGGUGAAGGUUCUCGCCCUGACAGAUCAUGAUACAAUGGCUGGUAUACCAGAAGCUAUGUCAGCAGCUCAUAAGUUUGGCAUGAGGAUAAUUCCUGGUGUAGAAAUCAGUGCGCUACAUUCUCCACGGGGAAUUCCUGGUGUUGGUGAUCCUGUUCAUAUUCUUGCAUACUAUGGUAUGUGUGGCCCAUCAAGGUUCGAUGAGCUGGACAGCAUGCUCUUGAACAUUAGAGAUGGGCGAUACCUACGAGCAAAGAAUAUGCUGUCAAAGCUAAAUACGAUGAAAGUGCCAAUAAAGUGGGAGCAUGUAACGAAAAUUGCUGGUGAGGGAGUGGCACCUGGUCGACUCCAUAUUGCAAGGGCUUUGGUUGAAGCAGGCUAUGUAGAUAAUGUCAGGGAAGCAUUUAACAAGUAUCUUGGUAAUGAUGGCCCUGCAUAUGCCACAGGCAGUGAGCCAUUUAUUGAGACUGUGGUGCAGAUGAUUAGUCGUACUGGGGGUAUAUCAGCAUUAGCCCACCCAUGGUCAUUGAAACAUCCAAUUGCAGUCAUUAGGUCCUUGAAAAGUGCUGGUCUUGAUGCUAUGGAGGUUUACAGAAGUGAUGGAAAGUUUGAUGCAUUUAGUGAAUUAGCUGAGCAGUAUGGACUUCUGAAGCUUGGAGGUUCAGAUUUUCAUGGAAAAGGCACGAAAGAUGAGUCUGAUGUUGGAGCAGUUAAGCUUGCUAUUACAACUUUGUCCUCCUUCUUGAAGAUGGCUCGGCCUAUCUGGUGUAGUGCAAUGAAAGACAUCUUACUGAAGUUUGUUGAGGAACCAUCUACUGCCAAUCUAGGGAAGAUAAUUAAGUUUGGACAACUUGCCAAUUUUGAUGGCUUUGUACCAAUUGAUAGUGGUAUGGAUGUUGUUAAUCUCUGCUUAUCUUCAUGGUUAAGUCAUGAUGAGAUGGAAGCUGUCGACCUUGAGGAGAAUGAUGAAGCCUAUUGUCAUGUUGUUAUACCUAUUUUCUACCCGAUCCUUUGGUCAAUUCUCCACUAAAAAAACUCUUCUUAUUCUAUUGACUUGCCUUAUACGUUGGGCGGUUGCUGAGCCGCAUGUCAUCACCGAAUUCGUCACAUGUUUCCUGAAAGGGCAUAAGACCUAAUUAUUUCGUGCUUGGCAUGAUUAGCAUGUUACCAAUUUGGUUGCGCUGCGUCAUUAGCGCUUAAUUCAUUUGGCCUCCUGAGCCCUGAUGGCCACUAAUCCUUGGGCGUCUCUUUGCUCCUGGCGUGGAGCAACAGCCACCAGUUCAUUUUAUAAGAUUAUCACCUACAUUCAGUUAUUUUCUACUUCCAGUUUAGAACAUUAUCUCCACUCGAUCAUGUGAUGUUUGCAAAGGUGAGAGAGCAUGUUAUGCUGAUGGGCCAACGGCAGCACUAGGCUGACAAGUAUUGCCUGCCUCUCGUUUCCCCUUUCUGCUUUGGUUUUUGUUUUUGUUUUCUCUUGGCGUGAGAUGAUGGUCGUCGUCAUGGUUGCUUUCUGGGCCUACUACUAAGCUGGUCUAAGAUCAUGUGCAUUAGCUGAUACUAAUGGAAAGCCGCCUUUAAUUAGAUGUCGCCUGUCAUUGACGCUGUAUAGUUUUUUUUUAGUAACGGGA